CCUGACGGUUGCUAGGGUGACAAGAAUACAAUAUGGCGGCAGGCGUCUGAUGCCGGUCCUGAGGCGCGGCCGCUGAAGUCCUAACGGGGAGCAGCCUGAGGGACGCGGGAGGCCAGGCGCCUCCCUGCUGCCCUUUCUCUGCGUCCACAGUGGGCGAGCGGGUGCGUCCACGCCCGUGCCAGGAUGAAGAAUUAUAAAGCAAUUGGCAAGAUAGGAGAGGGGACAUUUUCGGAAGUCCUGAAGAUGCAGAGCCUGCGAGACGGGGGCUUCUAUGCGUGUAAACAGAUGAAGCAGCACUUCGACAGUGUUGAGCAAGUGAACAACCUGCGGGAGAUCCAAGCCCUGAGGCGCCUGAACCCACACCCCAACAUCCUCACGCUGCACGAGGUGGUCUUUGACAGAAAGUCUGGUUCUCUUGCAUUAAUAUGUGAACUUAUGGACAUGAAUAUUUACGAGCUCAUACGAGGGAGAAGGCGCCCGCUGUCCGAGAGGAAGAUCAUGCUCUACAUGUACCAGUUGUGCAAGUCACUGGACCACAUGCACAGGAACGGGAUGUUCCACAGAGACGUGAAGCCCGAGAACAUUCUCAUAAAGCAAGAUGUCCUGAAGCUCGGGGACUUCGGGUCGUGCCGAAGUGUCUACUCCAGGCAGCCGUACACGGAGUACAUCUCCACCCGCUGGUACCGGGCCCCCGAGUGCCUGCUCACUGAUGGCUUCUACACCUCCAAGAUGGACAUGUGGAGCGCAGGCUGUGUCUUCUAUGAGAUCGCCAGCCUGCAGCCCCUCUUCCCUGGGGUAAACGAACUGGACCAGAUCUCCAAAAUCCACGAUGUCAUUGGCACACCUGCUCCGAAGACCCUUACCAAGUUCAAACAUGUCUCUCCCUCCUGCAUGCGAUGGUGGCCUAUGACCCGGACGAGCGCAUCGCUGCCCACCAGGCCCUGCAGCACCCCUACUUUCAGGAGCAGAGGGCAUCCGAGAAGCAGGCCUGGGGUAGCCGCAGCCACACAACCUUCUCAGGGCACAUGGAGCCACUGGGUCACAAGUGGCAGAUCCCGGAGGGCAACAAGCAGCACCUGUGCCAGCCCUGGCUUGGAGGAGCACCCUGGGCGGCUGUGGGUGUCCGUGGUGCCACAGAACUCACUGCACAGCCUGAACAAAGUCGAAGCUCUCGGCCAUGAGGGGUCUGGGGCAGGCAGGGCUGGGCCAGGGGCACCUCUUGGCAAGGCAGAGCCGGUGGGACCCGUGGGAAGAGCACACAGGGACUGGAGCCCGUUCUGUUUGAGGAAGGCGCCGCGGAGGCGAGAGGUCCCAGCCCGCCUGCCCAAGCUGCCGCUGCCGGCCGUGAGUGCCCUGCCUGUGCGCUCCAGCCCUGCACUCAGAGCCUUGAAGUUCGGGGGCACCUGUGAUAAGGUGAACACGCAGGACACCAAGCCUGACCCGCCACUGUGUCGCCUGCCCAAGAUUGACCAGAAAGGCGCAAGGUACUGAGCAGUGCAGGCCCUGCCUGCUCAGAGAGAUGGCAGGCCCCGCACAGGCCGGUCCUGUGGUACCACGCUGAGCCGGGACGCUGAGGCCUGUGUGAGAGCGCUGGACACUGCCAGGCCGCUGCCCCUCAGGCUCCCGCCUGGUGCAUUUGGAAGUCAGCUUUCCAGGGUCUCACUUGGUUCUCCCACAUAAGGACUUGGGCCAGGGGACGUUCUGUCAUUUUUUCAGUCAAAUCACAUAAACAGAGACACCUGUCACACAGUCCAGGCUGGUGGCUCACCAUGGCGCUGGAUCUGAGGGCUUUGCUAUGGCAUCAGUGGUAGUAGGAGAGAGACCCUGAACCCCAUUAAAGAGCAUCUGUGAUUCUGUGCUGUGA